AUGUUAGAAGAAGCCUUUCAGAUCUAUAGAACAAGACCGCAAACACGUUCAGGCUGGCAAAAUGGCAUAGACUACUUCGGGAUUCCUACUUCAUUGUGCGGAAGUUCAGAUUAUGAAUGCAAUGUCUUCAAUGCCUUAAAUGGAGCUCCAAACUGCAGUUGUACAUGUCCCGGGGAGAAAUCUACUUUCACUUCGUUUGAAAACCAAUGGCAAUGCAUUGAAAAUGGUGAUGUGCGGACAAAUCUACAAUCACAACAAUAUAGCAAACCAGGAGAAAAAGCUUGUGAGCAGGACAUGGAGACCUUGUUUGUCAACGAGUUUUCUAAUGCCAGUUUACACCUGUUAAAAGCUGGAGACGAGAAAGCAAUUUCUAUAGGUAGCACCUGGAGUAGCUGUGAAUUGGAUCUUAACCAUUCGUGGUAUUUUGGAUGUAGUGAUUCGCGACUUUCCUCAAGUAUUUACCUUCAAACAAUGAUGAACUUGCUCACCUUGACAAAAGGCGACUUUUACUUUAAUUUAAAGGUUGGCAGCAACGUAUUAAAUACGCACUUACUGAGAGGAAGAAUUAUCAACUUGGGUAUUUACUGCAGAAACACAAGUACAAUGCAAACUCAGCGAGGCUGUCUGUUGUUUAAACUGGGAGGAAACAUGACGUGUGAGUCUUACGUUUCUUGCGUGUUUUAUGCAUUCAAAAUGAGGACUGACUCUUUCAAGAAAAAUAUGAUUAAUGACCCGUUGAGGAUUGAUAAGUGUUCGAAGGAGAGGGGGAGAGGGCUAUGGAUGUGGCCUACGAGCAGGCUAACCUUUGGGGGUCACCCCUGCUAGAGAAGGUUCGAGAAGGACGAGUCGGAAAGCGAAGCCAUCCGACGGGGAGAAACUUGGCGCGGAAGCCCGAAGAAGGUGGGUGUGCUCCCAAACGUGAGCCUGCUCGCAGGUUAGUAGGACUCAGACAAAGAAGGUACCUCCUUGACUUAUGGAAGGGGAAUACCAAGGGAAAGAGUCGGAUUCCCCGACUCCUCUUGUGGACGGGGAAAAUA